AUGAGUUUAUCAUAUGGAGUUCAUAUGAGCUAUGCUAAAGCUUGGAGGUGUCGAGAGCAUGCAUUGGCUUACAUAAGAGGUACACCAGAAUCAUCAUUUCAUAAACUUCCCUCAUUUCUAUACAUGAUGGAGCGAAAAAAUCCUGGAACUGUUACUCAUUUGCAGAUGGACAAUGAAGGUAGGUUCAAAUAUUGCUUCAUGGCCUUAGGUGUUUCUAUAAUGGGGUUUAAAACAUAUAUUCGCCCAGUUAUAUGUGUAGAUGGAACCUUCUUGACUACUCGGUGUGGAGGUACUUUGUUAUGUGCCAUGGGACAAGAUGCUAACAAGCAAAUAUAUCUAAUUGCAUUUUCAGUAGUUGACUCAGAGAAUAAUGACUCAUGGUUGUAUUUUCUACUAAGGUUGAAGGAAGCGAUUGGUGAAGUGGAGAAUCUAGUAUUCGUGUCUGAUAGACAUACUAGUAUAGCAAGUUCCUUUACUAAAAAAUUUCCUGAGGCACACCACGGUGCUUGUAUACAUCAUGUUAGCAUGAAUAUCUAUGCGAAGUUCAAAACUGACCAUUGCCAUGAAGAAUUCAUCCUUGCAGCGAAAGCUUAUAGAAAGCGAGAGUUUUUACGCCAUUUUGAGAAGAUUAAAUUCAAAGAUCUUGCAAUUGCUCAAUACUUAGAGAAUCAAGUGGGUUUUGAAAAGUGGGCUCGUUCUUUCUUUCCUGGUCAUCGAUAUAAUUUAAUGACUACAGGUAUUGCCGAAAGCUGGAACAAUGUCAUUGCUGAGGCACGUGGGUGGCCAAUUACUUGUCUCAUGGAAUUUAUGAGGCACACUUUACAAAAAUGGUUUUUCGAGCGUCGAACUGCAGCAUUAGCGGCUACAAGUCCUCUUGCCACAGAAGUGGAAGCUGAUUUUCAGUAUGAAAUAACAGUAUUGGAUGGUGAUCUUGAUGGAGAUGUCGACCUGAGGAGGAAAACAUGUAGUUGUAGAAGAUUUGAUUUGACAGGUCUUCCUUGUGAACACGCUCUAGCUGGUGCUCGAGAUCGUGGCAUUAGUCCAUAUAGUUUAUGCUCCAGAUUCUACACAGUUGAAGCGUGGUUGUCAUCCUAUGGUGGAUCUGUAUAUACGUUGGGUAAUGAAGAAUCUUGGGUGAUACCAAAUGACAUAGGAAGUAUGAUGAUAGCUCCUCCUUUAGUGAAGCAGAAGGCUGGUCGUCCAAAGAAGAAACGACAUUUAUCAAAGGGUGAGAAGAAUAGCAAACAACAUAGAUGUAGUAGAUUUGGUGUCCUGGGCCACAAUCGAGUGACGUGCACCACUGUUUGUCCCCCGCCGUCUAGACAUGCUUAG